AUGAAGAAACAUACCGAGGCUGGUUCCACAGUACCAGCUGAGGCUGCGGAUGCCUCUGCAACCAUCAUUUCAGACUCUCGAGACCUCAGCAAACAAUACCACACUGCAACAUGGAUGGACGCAUUGAGGGAAAGAUCUAAGCAAUUGGCGGAGGGCAAGGUUCUCGACUCUUACUCGUACAUUGACCCCAAGACUACUGAGGUUGUGGACAAAACCAGGGCUGAUUCCUUUUCUUACCUUGUGUUGCCUUUCAAGGAUGACAAGUGGCUCUGUGACACUUAUAUCAAUGCUUUUGGACGUUUGCGAAUGGGCCAAUUGUUCCAGGAUUUGGACGCUUUGGCAGGAAGAAUUGCUUAUAGACACUGCUCCCCAGCCGAACCUGUGAAUGUCACUGCCUCUGUUGACAGGAUCUACAUGGUCAAGAAGGUCGAUGAAAUUCAGAAUUACAAUUUUGUUCUUGCUGGCUCGGUCACUUGGACCGGUAGAUCCUCUAUGGAAAUCACUGUCAAGGUGUAUUCCUACAAAGGUUCGGUCCCCAAGAAGAUUGAGGCUGACAGUUUGUCUGACGACGAUGUCUUUUUGACUGCAAACUUCACAUUUGUUGCUAGGAAUCCAAUGACACACAAAUCCUUUGCAAUCAACAGAUUACUACCCGUCAGCGAAAAAGAAUGGUUGGAUUACAGAAGAGCAGAGUCAUUUAAUGCAAGAAAGAAGUUGGCUGCCAAGAACCUGGGUGUAAUUCAACCUACCGAUGAAGAGAACAGACUCGUUCACGACAUGUGGACUGCUUCUAAGAAAUUGACCCUGGACUAUAAUAAGAAUGUUCUGUUCAUGAAAGACACCACCAUUACCUCGACAUUGAUAAUGCAGCCUCAAUAUAGAAACAGACACUCAUACAUGAUUUUCGGGGGAUACCUUAUGAGACAAUCCUUUGAACUAGCCUACUGUGGUGCUACUGCAUUUGCCAGCGCUAAUGCAAGAUUUGUCUCCCUAGACUCAACUACAUUCAAGGCUCCUGUUCCUGUCGGAUCUGUUCUCUCGAUGACGUCAACAGUUGUUUACACUGAGCAUCUUCACAGCACAAAGGUUGCCAAGGGAAAGCACUCGCCGCUUGAUUUGCCUUCUACGAAUCAAAUUUCCGGUAACCCCGAUGCGUUCUUGUCGGAACCAGGAACGCUAAUUCAAGUCAAGGUCGAUACAAGAAUUAGAGACUUGAAUUCUCCGGACUUCACAGAAUCUGGUUGUUUUAUCUACUCAUUCUAUGUUCCAUCCAAGAGCUACGGACCUGGCGAGCCUGCCUUCUCCUCUGUGAUACCUCAAACUUAUUCUGAGAUGAUGGAAUAUCUCGAAGGUAGAAGAAGAGCGCAGGAUACGGCACACUAUGUCUCUACAUUACCGAAGCCAAAGCUUUAG